GGACCCCUCGGCCCAGCUCCACCGUGGUCAAGAUGGAGACCGCCCUCGCCGCCCAGCGCCAGGCGGAGAACAGCCUUGUGAAGGUGGAGGCCGGCCUCACCUCUGUGACUGUCCCUGAGGGGGGCCGGGUGACCCUGGAGUGCCGGUUUGAAGCCCCAUCCGGGGCCCGGGUCACCUGGAGCCGAUCCUGUUCUCGGAACUGCAGCGAGCCCAUCCUGGUGGCCAAUGGCACCGGCCCCCAGCGCAGUGUGGCAAUCACCACGAGCGCCGGCGUCUCCGUCCUCGCCUUCCACCCCGCCAAGAAGGGCGACAUCGGCCUGUAUUUCUGCCAGGUGUACACGGACGAGGCCUCGGGCCAGUCAUGCGGCACCUACCUGCGAGUCCGCAAACCCGUCCCGGUUCCCUUCCUGAACAUGCGGGAAUCCACCAAGAACCAGCUGAUCACCGCCGAGGGCAUCCUACUCCUGUUCUGCGCCGUGGGGCCCGGAGUCUUCCUCCUCUUCAGGAAGAGGUGGGAGAAUGAGCGGCUGCUGCAGUCCAAGAAGAACGAGUAUGAAGAGGAGAAUCUGUAUGAGGGCCUGAACCUGGACGAGUGCUCCAUGUACGAGGACAUCUCGCGGGGCCUGCAGACCACCUACCAGGACGUGGCCAACCUCCGCGUGCUCGACAUGCAGCUGGAGAAGCCGUGAGGGGGGCACCGGCCGUGACCCGGGGCCUCUUGGUGCCAGCUGGGUCCCUGGGUCUGGUCUCUCCACGGCGGUUUGUUCCAGGGUGCUACGGGAGGCCUCUGCCACAAGCCUGCGUCACCCUGAUUG